AUGGUCCUUCUGCUGGUCAUCUUGAUCCCGGUGCUGGUGAACUCGGCCGGUACCUCCGCCCACUACGAGAUGCUGGGCACCUGCAGGAUGGUCUGCGACCCUUACGACACGAAAGCCACCACGGCGGCUGCAGAGACCGUGCGGGAUCACAGCGUGAUGCCUUUGCCCACUUUCAUCCAAGGACCCAAAGGGGACGCGGGGAGAUCGGGUAAAGCCGGGCCGAAAGGUCCGCCCGGUGAACCGGGGCCGCCGGGCUCAAUCGGGCCGCCGGGAGGGAAGGGUGAGCCGGGCAGGCCGGGACAUCCAGGCUUACCGGGACCUCCCGGGCCAAAUGCCGGAGCCAUUAGCGCUGCCACCUACAGCACAGUGCCGAAGAUUGCCUUCUACGCUGGCCUCAAGCGGCCACACGAAGGUUAUGAGAUCCUCAAAUUCGACGACGUGGUCACCAAUCUGGGGAACCACUACGACCCGACCACCGGCAAGUUCACCUGCUCCAUCCCGGGGAUUUACUUCUUCACUUAUCAUGUUUUGAUGAGAGGCGGGGAUGGUACCAGCAUGUGGGCAGACCUGUGUAAAAAUGGCCAGGUUCGGGCCAGUGCUAUUGCUCAGGACGCCGACCAGAAUUACGACUAUGCCAGUAACAGCGUGGUGCUCCACUUGGAUGCAGGGGAUGAAGUUUACAUUAAACUAGACGGCGGCAAGGCCCACGGCGGCAACAAUAACAAGUACAGCACCUUCUCUGGAUUUAUAGUCUACGCUGACUGAGAGGAGGGGGGGAGCAAGUAAGCAACCAAAUCGAAUCAGCUCCUGCGGGAACGACUUGAGGGCGGGAUUCCCACGGCCUAGAAAGAUCCAAAUAACCAAAUGGACGGUCUCCAAACGUGCACGGUACUUUUGGAUACAACCAGGCAUUUUUUGUUGUUGAAAGAAAAGCAAUUUGAAACACACUUGCACACCGCGAAAAAAACCCCAAACCCAUCCCCAUUUAAAUAGACUCAGUUUGGGUUAUUCUGACUAUUCCACCCACAGUAACUUCUCAAUGUUAGCAUUUGCAUUUGUGAGAGGAAGUCAGUCCACUUCUGAGCAGAGGGGUCAAUUUCUCUUAAAAAUAAAACCCUCAAGGUCACGUGGGAGGGAAAGCAGGAUUUCAAGUGUUCCCAAUCCUCUGAUGCUUUGAUGUAUUUGAACUUACAGCUUUAUCCAUUGGUUGUCGCAACUAACCAUUUCUAUGCUUGGAUUCCACUUUACUCGCUGUGGUGAGCAAAGAUUUUCCGACGAUGAUUAUAAUUGCAUUGUUAAAUGAGUAUGCUGCUGUCUUUAAUAAGGUCAGUGUUUGCCUUCUAUUGGAGUCAAUCUUUCAUUUAACAAUUCCACUUUAAUAUAAAAGAAUACUGUGCGUGCAAUAGAUAAUGUGCAGCUUUCUGAUCGCUGUGGCAUGAAUUUCAAAUUCGAUAUAUAUGUAUAUGCAAUAAGAUGCAAUAGAUUUUAUAAAAUAAAUCUUUUAAUCAUAUAAGGGUAAGGUAAUCAAUAUUUUCAUGCAGCGCAAAAUAAUCAUUUGGAGGACAAUUAUUUUAAUAUAACAUAGAUUUUAUUACUUACAUUUUGAUUGUCGGUUAAUAUUUCAUACAUAAGACCGCUUGAUUAAACUGUACCGCUUUGACCGCCCAAGCUUGUAACACUCUUACAUUAGAUACUAUCUACUUCCCUGAUGAAUAAUUGCACUGCUCGUAUAGCUGUCGAUCGAGUGCGAUGAACAAUCGUGUGUGGUUAGGAUUGAGUUAAAACGUCCUUGCAGCAUUCCGCCUCAAUAUUACAUUCGGAAAAUGUAAGGCAUUUUACACUUAAAUUCUUCCACAAAUUUAAUUGUUUUCUUUAGCCUAAGAAUUGGACUCUUUUUUGAAAUCUGGUGUAAGACAGGCGUUUCCUUUUCCCCACGCUUUAAUCUUAUGUGCUUUAUUCCAAUUCCUCCAUUACUGCCUUGGACCCAGAUUACUGUUAUAAAAUAUUGCUGUUCAUUAAAAGAGGAUGCAAUACCG